AUGCGCCUGAAACGCCAUUUCCACUCCAAUCACGACAACUCCAGCAUGUCGACGCGAAAGCUGUCGCUGUUCAACCGCUGGAAGAACCAAGCGUUGAACGAGACCGAGCUCGAUGGGAUCAGCGAAGAGGAGAUGAUCGAGUACAAAGAAGCGUUCAGGUUAUUUGACAAGGUGUGUUUGCCUAUCGACCAUUUGAUUCGAGUAUUUUAUUUCUUUAAAUUUAUUUGAAUGAGGCCCUUUGUUAGUCUUUUUGGGCCUACCUCGAUAUUCUAUCCCGACAUUGUAUGUGAUUUACUUUUGUUUGCGCAACAGGUUAAAGUUCAAGACAGGCAGAUCUUUAUUAGUAAUUUAAGAUUUUUUAUCAAGCUUUCGUGCUCCGUGAUCUAGGAAUUCGCGAGUUUCAUCGUCAUCCUUAGUUUCACCAAACGGUAAAUACUGCUAUUACCGGAUUAAGACAACAAAAAAAGGUGUAUAUCGCCACUUUCCUACCUCAGAAAAGGAUUAUAAUCCUUUGAAUUAAGCGAAAAAAGAAAAAAGUUUAGAAUUGUGAAAUCCUAAAAUUACUACAGGGGAUUCAACUGUCCGUAAAAGUUCAACUUUUUUGCGGGAUUUAAUUCUCUUGGUCAAUUUUUAAUUUUUGAGACUUGAACGCCAACCCACUUUGCAUAGUCAAUUCUUGACGGCGGGUCGGAGAAAACAUUACGUGCUCCGAUAUCGCCAUAUCCCUUGAGGGUAUCCCGUGAUAACAACAAAAUUUUUCAAAGUUCUGAAGAAUUACCGCCCGAUUGCUGGGUCUCCUCUGUUAUACACUAAUCCGAAGCCAUACAGAAUCCGUUUAAAAAAUUAAAGCUAUUUUGAGACUUAAAAAAGGGGAAAUGUCUUCUUAACCUUAGAUAUAGAGCUUGGAAACCCGAAGGUCAUGAGAAGAAAAUUGGCUAUUCGUUCUGAUUUUUCGUCCGAACACCUGAUUGUGCAAAACAAAUCCCCCAACAGCCCGCAUUGUUUUCUCAACUGCUCAUAAAAGACUCCGGGUCAAUCGAACAUUAAAAUUUGAAAACGCCCUUCAUAGAAAUCCGGUGAAUUUUAUUCCCAACCAACAAGAAUCCUCUAAAAAGGAAGUCAUCACGCGAUUCAAGCACACUUUACAUCUCCUUUAUAAAAUUUUCCAGAGUGCUGUUAGAGCUAAUCAAUCAAAUUGCAAAAAAUAGUUGAUCUCUUAGACGAUGCCCGCGGCAUUAGACACGAACCUCACACCUAGGUUAGAUGAUCUAUUAUACUCAAAUCCUCGACCAAUAUUCUUUGACUGUCCAGGCGCUAUGCCCCAUGAUCCUGUCUGAUAUUUUUACUUAUAUUUAUCACCCUCUUCCCAUCGGUACGAGCUUUGAUACUUUUCUGGCCUCACCCGCUAAUUGAUCUAGAAUAACAGAGAGGAAUUCUGACCCAUGUGACUUUCUCGGAUUCCGCCUAGGCAAAGGGGAAACUUGAUUGAGGAGGCCUUGCCUCAAAGGUGGAAACGUGAUUUUGGAGCGGACAGAUUGACAUGUUCUGUCAAAUGGAAAACGCGGUGUGAAAAUAGGAAUUGCAAGCAGUGAAAAAAAUCAUACUGUAGAGCUCAAACAACUAGAUCAAUGCGCCCUGCAGCAAUUCUAUAAAAUGUAAGCGAACGUGAUGUUUGAAACCUCAUCCCGCCAGGGUAAUUGAGCACCCUUCAACCGGAACGUAUGGGCCAUUUCCAAAACGCUACCUUAAGUACCCUUGUCCGCUUCCGCAUGAGACAAGACGCCUUAAACGGGGUUGUGAUGCUCUUUCCGGUUAAACUUUAGGUUCACUAUGAAGAAAACCUCAGUGCGUCAUUCAAUGCAAAUUCUCUUCCUGCACAAUGAUUGCCGUGUCGUAAUAAAAAAUAAAAACGUUUUCUUCUUUCUAUAAGAUAACACCGGGUGUUCUCUGGCCAAAAAACAAAAGUUGAAACAUUAGGGAAGGUGCCAUGCGCCACUUGAGCAAUUCUUCGAAACACGCGCUCCACUUUUGGAACUACAAUAAACUCAUUUCCAUGCAGCGUAUAGAGGAAGUGAAAGCAUCUGAAACGUAUGCUGUCAAUCUCGUGGCUAGUUGAAAAAGUGACGGUAGAAUCAUCCAUCUCAGGGCGAGAUUUCCGUUUUGUUAUAUUACAUUCAUUCAUUUCCUGUUCGUCCAAAUUCCCAUGAGAGUAAAAUGAAGGAGUAAAAUUGAUUUCUGUUCCCGCCGUUAUGCCUUUCACUCUUUUUAAUAUCCAAUUUUUUGUCAGCCGACCCUUGGGCAAACGCAUUAUUUGGAGUUAAGACCACCCCUUGACAAUCGCGCCUUCAUUUAGGGUGGGGGUUUGAAACAAACCCCCCCAAGGAAACAACAAAAGGUGUUAAAUCCGCGCUUUUUUACAUUAUACAUAAAGAAUGACGUUUUCGGCACCGACGGGAGUCGGGGAAAAAAAUGGAAUCGAAGCGCCGUAGGCUUCAUACAUUUGUUUUUUGGCUUCAAAAAAGCGAACGCAGAACACAAGACAGGAAACUCUCCCUACAUGAUAAUAAGGAAUGGCAUGCCCUUUCCGGCGCCAUUACAACUUCGGGACGUUAUCGAUGUCAAUAACCUCUUUGCAAGGAAAAAACAAGUCAGAGUAAAAAUAGCUAACAAAGACGAUGUCGCUCUCCAAAACAAAAUUAUCAUUGUGUUAUUUCAGGAUGGCAACGGAUCCAUUUCCUCAAAGGAAUUGGGAGUUGCGAUGCGCGCACUCGGUCAAAACCCUACCGAACAAGAAUUGCUGGAUAUGGUCAACGAGGUGGAUAUUGACGGUUCCGGGACAAUUGAUUUCAACGAGUUUUGCCAGAUGAUGAAACGCAUGAACAAAGUCAGUUCUGUCACCAAAAUAGUUACAGUGGGGGACCUGAUCCAGUGGCAAGAAACAUACCAUUUUGCAUCCGUGAAGUAUCAAAAAUGUGGCAAAAUGCUUCCCUCUUCAAGUGAAAAAACUUCGUUUUAAAGAUCGCGCCCUUUCUCCUCACAAAAAGAGCGGGCACGCUUUUGAAAUUGAAGUUUUUUUCACUUGGAGAGGGAUGUAUUUUGCCACAUUUUUUGAUGCUUCCUGGAUGCAAAAUGGCACGUUUUCUUGCUACUGGAUCAGGCCCCCCACUAUAAAAUUACUAGCGUAAUAGCGGCAGCUUGCCACACAGGUUUUAGUUCUCAAGUGUUUGAUAAAAAAAUUGAACCUUUAUCCAAUUUGCAACGUCACUUCGUCCUGGCAAUACAAACCUCUUUAUGAUUAUAGGAAAACGAUAGCGAAAUGAUACGAGAAGCGUUUCGGGUAUUUGACCGCGAUGGAAACGGAUACAUUACGGCCGACGAAUUCCGAUAUUUUAUGACGCAUAUGGGAGAGCAAUUUAGCGAUAAGGAAGUUGACGAGAUUAUCGCUGAAGUGGAUAUUGAUGGUGACGGACAAGUAAGUAGCGUUGCAUAAAACCCAAUUUGUCGCUCAAAAAUAUAAUGGGAUCAAACAAUUCCAACAAAGUUUGGUCUUUUGUUCUUUGAUGUAACCUCGUUGGGGCCGCAUGGGACUUGUUAAUCUGAUUUUGAAUGGAAAAUUUAAACUUGUGAAAUCUCUAUCGCACCGAUAGAAAAAGAAACACUGUAGUAAACAGUUAUAUAGACCAAAAGAUUUUUCUUCAUACAAAUUUUUGAUCUCAAUGCAAGCCCUAAUUUACUCUGCAUCUCGUUUCCAUGUGACUCUUAGCACGAAACGGACGCACUCUCCGGUUAUUGGAUUGUUUUUUUUGUUGCUAAACCCGUAAAAUUAACGUUUGUACAUUCUGAAUUCAGUUUGUAUAGGAAAAGGGAGCAUCAAUAACAUUGGAAUUAUGAUACUUGACUUUUGGUCAAAACGCAUUUUUCUUCCAGUAAUCCGUUAUGUUCAAGUCUUCGGUGCAAAACUUUUUUCGUUACUGUCGAUUUCUCAAACAGGUCUCCGGGGCAAAAUUUUGCUCAUCAAAAAUUUCGUGUUCGAACCAAAACCCGGUCAUAAGUUUUUCCACGAUUAGACCUCUGGGGAACUAUUAGGAACUGGAAAAGCGUAUCUAAGUGCAACGGAGCUGUCAGAGAUGGAUAAUAAACGACAUUUGGCCCAGGCGAAUACGAGGAUUACGGCCGGACAGAUAGUUUUUUUCCCCCAAAACAACUAUUUUUAAUUUUUUUCUCCAAGGUCAUUAGGAUCCCCGAAUAUUAGACUUUGAGGAAAUUUCGAGCGGAUUAAUUGUAUUAGGAGCAUCGAAAAUACAUACUCAUAAUGCGUAGUGAUAAUGGCAAAUAAGUCAUCGCCGUCAAAACAAUUUUAUAACGGAGCUAAGCUUUCAAAAUUUGAAAUUAAUCUCACUACGAGCAUACUGUAACGUAACCUCCUUUCAGAUUGACUACGAAGAGUUUGUCAAGAUGAUGGCCAGUUAG